CGACCAUAUUAUACUACCGGACAGCUUACGAAGACGUCUUGAUGCGAGGCUUCGUACACGAUCCUGGAUCGGUUUCGAUUGCUGUCGGUAUCGACGAUUUUUUAUACUUUAUAAACGGUUAAUACACCAGACACAAGAGCGUCAUGGCAACAUCGGCUUACGUGUCACGGAUCAACCAGAUUGACGCGUCUCAACUUGAUAAGGAAAUUUACCACAUCCUACGGCAGCAGACUACCGAGAUAUCGAAGUUGUGCACACCUGGAACGAUUGGGAAAUGGCAGCCAGAAAUUAACGCCCUGUUGAAAGUGGUCGUAUGGAAUUAUUCUCUCAGAAACGGAAACUCUACCUUCGGGCAGCAGCUGUUGAACCUCCACUACGAUAAAUAUAACAAGAAAAAGGCGAUUCUUUAUAUUAUUCUUAGCGUUGUGCCCGGUUAUCUUCAGGAGAAGAUGAUCGAUAAUAGACUGAUUGGUAGUGUGGAGAGGGGAAACCAAAUCCGUCGAUUCCUCGAUUGGAUAUCUACAACUGUUCGAUUACUGACUUUUGUCAAUAUUUUGGUUUUUCUGAACCAAGGAAAUCAGCCUAACAUCAUCGAAAGAGUACUGGGAAUAUACAAUCGGCCGACAACGACGCAACGGCCAAGAAACAUCGGUUACUCUUAUGUGACGAGAGAGUUAUUGUGGCACAGUUUGAUUGAAUUAUUCACUAUCGGCCUACCGAUGGUGAAUGUUCACCUUAUCAAGCAGAGGAUCAAGCGAAUCUGGUGGACGAGGAAAAUUAUUGGCAGAUCUGUCGCCCCCAAAUUGGAGUUCGACACAAAAUGUCCGGAAUGUGAUCAGAGUCCUAAUCUACCAAGGCACGCAGGAUGCGAACAUAUUUUCUGCUACUACUGUAUGAAGGCACGUUUCACUGUCGACAACUCCUUCGAGUGUCCUUCCUGUGGAGUGGAAUUACACUCAGCACGAAUGAGGACUGCUUGACUUCCCGACCAUUGCUCCGCAGUCUAUAUUUCUGUGCUAAAUAUAUCUGUACAUAUGUAUAUGCAUUGGAACAAGGAUAAUAAUUCAGAUAUUUUAAAGCAAACAGAGUCUCGUUACUCACAAUUAACAUUGAGUACCUCAGCUAUGAGUGUCAAGUUUUUCAGUACAAUCAAAAUAAGUUUUAUUCUUUCGAAGGACAGCGAUACUUUCUCCAGGUUGAGAGACAUUUAUAGCUCUUGAAAUCCUACAGUGUUUGCUUGUAUUUCUUCACUCUGAAAAUGUGAUUAGUAUAGUAUAAUAUAGUGUUUAUUGGUGCUUUCUUGUACAGAAUAUGGCCACUGCACUAGGCAAUGUGAUUAGAAGCUUGCGGCACGUAGCGCUAUCUAACGGCAAACUUUUGCGACAUAAAACGUCACAUGGCCAGAUAAUUCGACUGCGUUAGAUUGUUAACUUGGAGCAUAUUGCUCUAACGUCGGUACGUUAGAAUUCACGCAUACCGUUGACUGAUAUAUAUAUAUUUUCAGUCAACGUUAGGUUGUAGUAGAUAUUGCUAUUCUUUGAAUACCCGCAGAGGGAAUGUGACCAUCUAAUCUAAAUCUAAUUUUGAUACAAAUAUCGUGUUUGCUUGAUGCAGCUAGCACUUGUGUGUUACAUAUUACUAAUUGUAAGAUGAACAUUGUCAUUGCACUUACGAGUUUUGUAUUGUCGUGAGUUUCAAGCAAUUUUGUAUUGUAUGCAAAUUCUGCUGAUGAUGUAACAAAAAAAAAAUACACUCCAAGAGAAUGUUCUUCAACGAGGUCAAGAAAUUUCAUUUCUAUUGUCUAUUGAAAUAGUGCACAUGCAUUGAUUCGAUACUUAUGUUCGACCAGUGAUUUGAAAUAAAUUUUCUAGUCAUAUUA